AUGUCUCGACCAUAUGUGCUCUGUGCAAGUGCAGCAGCUCUGGCUACUCUCGCUGCAGUAGUGACAAUGACUAUCAUUGUUGCCGAACUCAAUAAUCUUGAUAAUGAAAUCAAAAAGGACAUGAUAGAAUUCAAUACCAAGACUGAUGAUGCUUGGGAGCUGAUAAUGGCAGGCUACAAAAUCUACAAGCACAAGGCUGUCUUCACGAUCGGGUCUAUACCGAGAAUGAAGAAGGGCAUCAUUAAGGAAGAGUGCAAUUGUGAUCCCCCUGCGCCAAAAUGUCCUCCUGGGCCAAGAGGCCCACGGGGAAAACCAGGUGCUUUUGGAAGGCCCGGCAUUGAUGGAGUACCGGGAAAACCAGGAGUUCCUGGUAUGCAAGGAUUCCAUAACAACAAGUGUAUUAUGUGCCCAGCAGGAAGGAAGGGAGAUGCUGGUCCGCCUGGGGAGACAGGUCCCACUGGGCCACCUGGACCAGUUGGUUUACGUGGUGAGAUCGGAAGUCCGGGAGUGAAUGGAGAUGUUGGCCCAGAAGGUGACAAAGGCGAGCGCGGACCUGAAGGUCUACCUGGUUUUGUUGGAAUGCCCGGAGAGGCAGGCACUCAGUACUUGCCAGGCCUUGAAGGCAUGCCAGGUUUUGAAGGUCCUCCAGGCCCACCCGGACCAAUGGGCCAACCUGGGACAGACGGAAGUCCAGGACAUGCUGGUCAGCCGGGUCUUGAGGGGAAAAGGGGAAGAGAUGGCAUGCCGGGCUCUGCAGGGAGAAUGGGACCAACUGGAAUCGAUGGUCGACCAGGACCUGACGCUAAGUAUUGCCCAUGUUCUCCAAGGAAUCUAAAGUCAUUCGAGUAUAGGUCAGACUUUGAAAAGCAAGUAAAUCAAUAA